GCAGGCUGCACGAGCUCCGGACUGUCGCGUGGAGCUCACUCUCAGAGAGGAGGUCGCUGUAGAAGUUUAUCCAAAAAAAGUUACUGAAACUCGCAGGAGGGUCGAUUCGGCGCGUGUUGUUUGCAUGGUGACAACGUGCGGACUCAAAGGUAACGAUUUGUUGGUAUGAAAGUGUCGAACGGAGCGGAAAACGAACACUUUUAGCUCGGGGCUCGCCUGCUAACAGUUAGCUGCGUUAGCUGCUAGGCUAGCUGCUAGCAGCGAGGUCCAGCCCAGAAGUUGUUUACCUGAAGUUCACCUGGACUUGUGGAGGUGCUCUCCCCCCGAGCUUCACCUCUCAUUUCUCUGGGAUAAGAGCGCGGGGACCAGAGAGGCACACUGGAUUUAACACCGCACGCUGUUAGGAAACUAGCAGGAUGUCCACAGAGGUUGACUCGGGUUUGACAGCGGCCAGCUCCGGCGGAGCAGCGGAGAAGUACCACAACAAGUCCGAGGAGGGUCACCUGCAGACGGAGCAGGGCGAGCCUGGCCAGAGGGGUUCCGAGAAGCCGGCCGGGGACGAGGCUGCCAGAAGCCCCGCAGACACGCACAAGAAAUGCAAAGAAAACGAUAAAGAGAACGAGCAGAGCGGCGGCGCGGAGUCGGCUGCCGAGACGGUGAAGAGGAAAGUGGUGGAGGCUCCUCCGCCCAAAGUCAACCCGUGGACGAAGAGGACCACGGGCAGAGUGCCAGUGAACAACAUCAGCUCCUCCAGCACGCAGGAGAAAGAUCAGCAGAACGCUCUGAAAGUGGUCCGAGCCGCCAAGCCCAGGACGAGAAAAUCCAGCAAGUCCGGCGACUUCAGUGACAUUACCAACUGGCCGACUCCCGGGGAGCUGGCCAAAGAGCAGCAGCAGAAUGUGGUGAACAACGGGAAGAAGCCGCCGUCGUCGCGCCGGGAGAAGGACAAGAGGAGAGAGCGUCCGGACAGGAAGUCCGAGAGCAGCCACGACGGCGGCGAGAGCAAAGAGAACCAGGAGGCUCAGCCCGACCCGCUGGAGACCCUCCCCAAAGACGAGGCGUCCCGGGCGGGACAGGACGCCCGAAGCGCCGGCCUGAAGAAGAAAGGAGGUGAGGGUAACAAACGUAAGUGGGUUUCUCUGCCGCUGGAGGAAGUGUCCCGGGACGACGGCGACAAGACAUCGGGUGGCGGCGGCGGCGGCCCGGCCCGCCUGGACGCAGAGCCCAGCAGCGACUCCGCCGACCCCUCCUCGCCCGGUCGAACGCUCCACCUUAGCAGGGCGGAUAGCAGCAGGAGUUGGAGGAGAGACCCGCGGGACUUGGGAGACGACGCCUCCAGCGUGCGGAGCGACGGCGGGAGCGUCCGCGGAGGAAUCCGGGGCCGGGGGAAAGGUCGCGGCCGCGGGAGAGGUCGUGGACGAGGUCGCUACGAAUACUCGUCCAGCUUCCGAGACUCUCACUCCUCCGACGUUCAGGUGCCGUCGGAGUUCGGCACCAACAUGGUUUACUACUACGACGACGGAAACAAGGUGCAGAUGUACACGGUGGACGAGAAACUCCUGAAGGAAUACAUCAAGCGGCAGAUUGAAUACUACUUCAGCCUCCACAACCUGGAGCGGGACUUCUUCCUGAGGAGGAAGAUGGACGCCCAGGGCUUCCUGCCCAUCUCGCUCAUCGCCAGCUUCCACCGGGUCCAGGCCCUGACCACGGACAUCAGCCUCAUCGUGGAGGCCCUGAAGAGCAGCAAAGAGGUGGAGCUGCUGGACGACAGGGUUCGCUGCAAAGUGGACCCGGAGCGCUGGCCCAUCGCCGUCCCCCCCAUCGUGGGCUCCCCCCGCACCGACUUCUCCCAGCUCAUCAACUGCCCCGAGUUCGUCCCUCGACAGACCCUCAGCUCCACCAACUCGGCUUCGCCGCCUGAGAAGGAGCCCCCUCCCGACUCCACCCAGCCCCCGAACCCAGCUGCUCCCGGCGCCUCCCCCUCCGAAGACGCCCCCACGCCCAAACUCGACCCCGACGCCUGGAUCCAGGUGGAGAAACGCCACCGACAGCCGCCCGGGAAGGCAAAGGCCGACAGCAAGCCGCCGCCGCUGCCACCUCCCAGCCAGCAGCCCGAGCCCGACCAGGAGGAGCUGGACUUCAUGUUCGACGAGGAGAUGGAGCAGAUGGCGCCCAGGAAGAACCGGUUCACCGACUGGUCGGACGACGACGACUCCGACUACGAGCUGGACGACCAGGACGUCAACAAGAUCCUCAUCGUCACCCAGACGCCGCCCUACCUCCGCAAGCACCCCGGCGGCGACCGCACGGGGAACCACGAGUCCCGCGCCAAGCUGACGGCCGACCUGGCCAAAGCCAUCAACGACGGGCUGUACUACUACGAGCAGGACCUGUGGAAGGGCGAGGAGCAGGUGGAGUGCAGCAAGCAGGACGUGGAGAACUUCAAGAAGCUGAACGUCAUCAGUAAAGACGAGUUCGACACCCUCGCCCCCAAAGUGCCCGUCGACUCCAGCCAGGAAGUCCCGCUCCCUCCCAUGACAGUGGACAGCGGAGCUGAAAUGGCUCGUUCUCUCCCUAAAACGGUCCCCGAGUCGCCCAGCUCCCAGCAGCCCCGGACCCCCCGGACGCCCCGCACCCCCGGACGCCAGGACCCCAACAAGACGCCGCGUUUCUACCCCGUCAUGAAGGAGAGCGGCGCCAUCGACGGACAGAUGCCCAGGAAGAAGAAGACCCGCCACAGUUCCAACCCCCCUCAGGAGGCCCACAUCGGCUGGGUGAUGGACUCCCGUGAGCACCGGCCGCGCUCGGCGUCCAUCAGCAGCUCCAACGCGUCUCCGUCCGAAGGCGCUCCGCUGACGGGCAGCUACGGCUGCACGCCGCAGUCUCUGCCCAAGUUCUGGCACCCCUCCCACGAGCUGCUGAGGGACAACGGCUUCACCCAGCAGGGAUACCACAAGUACCGCCGACGGUGCCUCAACGAGAGGAAACGGUUGGGGAUCGGACAGUCUCAGGAGAUGAACACUCUCUUCAGGUUCUGGUCCUUCUUCCUCAGGGACAACUUCAACAGGAAGAUGUACGAGGAGUUCAAACAGUACGCGCUGGAAGACGCCAAAGAUAACUACAGGUACGGACUGGAGUGCCUCUUCAGAUACUACAGCUACGGUUUGGAGAAGAGAUUCAGGUUAGAUCUGUUCAAGGACUUCCAGGAGGAAACCCUCAGAGACUUCGAGAGAGGUCAGCUGUACGGUCUGGAGAAGUUCUGGGCCUUCCUGAAGUAUUCCAAGAUGAAGAACCAGCCCAUCGAGCCCAAACUGCAGGAGCACCUCUCCCAGUUCAAGAACCUGGAGGACUUCAGGGUGGUGCCGCCGAUGGGAGAGGAAGGCGGCAGGAGGAGACGCCACUCAUCCUCGGCCGGGGACGACGGGCGGCGUCGGAGACAUCCUUCCAACACUACCUCAAAGUCCUCACAAGCCUCCAAAUCCUCCAGCAUGGCCGCCGCCGCCGCCUCCUCCAGCGACGCCGCACAGACUACGCCCAAAGACAACGCCCAGAAGGCAGCGGCUCCGCCCACCCAGGGCAAGAAGAGCGACGCCCGGGCCGCCAAGAAGGACGGCGGCGCCACGAAUAAAUGAAGCGGCCCUCCGCUGGGCGUGUGUGUAGAUGCGAAGAGGCGAGGCGAAGCGAGGCGAGGCGGCAGCUCUCAGCUCAGCUGCAGUCUUCUUCAGAGGAUGAAGGCAGGCUGAGCCAGGUCGACUUAAUUUGAUCCUUCUUAUCAGUGCAUUUCAUUCUAAAGCAAAGCGUAGGCAGCGAGCGGCCUGACGGCUCGUAGCGUUUACAGAAAAACACACAAAAAAAAAAAGAAAUGCAUUCCCUGCAUUUUGCCUUUUCACUCGGAUGCCAAACUCCUCGGCGACGCGGCUUCAUGAUUUUAAAUGGA